AUGAGAGAAAUAAUAAGUAUACACGUUGGUCAAGCGGGAAUACAAUUGGGAAACUCGUGUUGGGAACUAUUCUGUCUAGAACAUGAAAUUCAACCAGAUGGACACAUAAAUUCGUCAAAUAUAACCACCUAUAAUGAUGAUUCCUUUACAACUUUCUUCAGUGAAACAAACUCAGGAAAACACGUACCUCGAUCGAUAUUUGUAGAUUUAGAACCAACAGUUCUGGAUGAAAUAAAAUGUGGCAAUUAUCAGAAAUUAUUUCAUCCUGAACAGAUGAUUUCUGGCACAGAAGAUGCCGCAAACAACUUUGCUCGUGGACGAUACACAGUGGGAAAGGAUAUGGCAGAGAUUUGUGUGGAAAAAAUUCGCAAAUUGGCUGAAAAUUGCAGUGGUUUACAGGGGUUUUUGAUGUUUAAUGCGGUUGGCGGUGGUACUGGUAGUGGUUUAGGAUGUUUAUUGUUGGAGAGAUUAUCAGCGGAAUAUGGUAAAAAAUCCAAGCUAAAUUUCUGUUGUUGGCCAUCACCAAGAGUAUCAACUACAGUCGUUGAACCAUACAAUGCUGUUUUAUCAACGCAUUCGCUUCUGGAACACACGGAUGUGACUGUUAUGCUUGACAAUGAAGCUAUUUAUGACAUUUGCACGCACAAUCUCAAUAUCGAGCGGCCCAAUUAUACUAAUCUAAACAGAUUGAUAGCACAAGUAAUAUCAUCACUAACAGCAUCACUGAGAUUUGAAGGGGCGCUAAAUGUUGAUAUAACUGAAUUUCAAACCAACCUUGUUCCAUACCCAAGAAUACACUUCAUGCUAUCAUCAUACGCGCCUGUAAUUAGUGCUGAAAGGGCGUUUCAUGAACAAUUAUCGGUAGCUGAAAUUACAAACUGGGCGUUUGAACCAAAUAAUAUGAUGGUUAAAUGCGACCCAAGGAAUGGAAAGUACAUGGCAUGCUGUCUAAUGUACAGGGGCGAUGUAGUACCGAAAGAUGUAAAUGCAGCAGUUGCUACUAUUAAAACUAGGAAAUCAAUCAAAUUUGUGGAUUGGUGUCCCACUGGAUUCAAGUGUGGGAUAAAUUACCAGCCGCCAACUGUUGUGCCAGGGGGCAACUUGGCAAAAGUAAUGCGCGCAGUUUGUAUGAUCAGCAAUAGCACGGCAAUAAGUGAAGUAUUUAGUCGGAUGAACAAAAAAUUUGAUUUGAUGUACAGUAAGAGAGCGUUUGUUCAUUGGUAUGUGGGAGAAGGGAUGGAGGAAGGCGAGUUUAAUGAGGCCAGGGAAGAUCUGGCGACGCUAGAAAAUGAUUACGAAGAGGUUGGACUGGAUAGUUGCAAUUCCAUAUCCGGUGACAGUUUCGGUGCUGAAUACUGA